AUCAUUACAACAAACAGUUUCUUUCUAUUUGUUAUAACAAUGUCUACUCCUUCUAUUGCUCCUUCUAUCGCUAGCGAUAUGGAAAAAGGUACUCCAUCUCAUGUUGAGAACACUCCAAUUGGUAUUACUGCUGAUCUUGAUCCCGAACAUGAACAAUAUCUUAUUCUGAGACAUGGUUCCGUUCAAUUGGAUCCUCUUCCAUCUGCUGAUCCUCAAGAUCCACUUAACUGGCCUGACUGGAAGAAGAACUAUGAAAUCUUGUUGAUUGCUUUUGGUUCUUUCUCAUCCACUUUCAUGGCUGCCGGUUUGACACCUGCUUUUGAAACCAUGGCUGAAGAAUAUGGUGUUACCCUUGAAACUGCUGCUUACUUUACUUCUGCUCAAAUUGCUGUCUUUGGUGUUUUGCCAUUAUUCUGGGUCCCAUUGAUGAACACUUAUGGUAGAAAGUUCUUUGUAACUUUUGGUGCUUUAGCUUGUGGUGUCUUGAAUAUUGGUGGUGCUGUUUCAACUACAUUCGGUCAACAGAUGGCCACCAGAGUUUUGGUUGGUGUCUUCGUUUCUACUGUUACUGCUGCUGGUUCUUCUGUUGUUGGUGAUUUGGCUUUCUCUCAUGAAAGAGGUAAAAAGAACGGUUGGUGGACUCUUGCUUUUGUUGUUGGUACUCCUUCUGGUCCUUUCUUUACUGGUUUCAUUCAACAACAUGCUGGUACUAAAUGGAUUUUCUACGUGUUUGCUAUUAUGAACUUUAUUCAAUUUGGUUUAUGGUUGUUUGCCACUGAAACUGUCUACACUAGAUCUAACCCAGUUUACCACCAAAGCAAGGUUCUUAAAGUGUUGGGUAUUAGAAAGUCUGAAAGCAGACAAUUCCACUGGAAGAUGUUUUUCAGACCAUUAAAGCAAGCUGCUAACUUCAACAUUACUCUUGCUGUCAUUGCUGCCUCCGUUACUUUCUGUUACGCCAACAUUGUUUUAGUUGUUGAAAUGCCUCAAGUUAUGAUUCCAUACUUCCACCUUAGUCCACAACAAUUAUCUUUGCAAUAUAUCUCCAUUAUUGUUGGUUCAUUCAUUGGUGAAGUCCUUGCUGGUCCACUUUCUGAUUGGUGGAUGAAGAGAUGUACUGCUAAGAGAGGUGGAAACAGAGUCAUUGCUGACAGAUUAUGGAUCUCUUACAAUGGUUACUUCUUAGUUAUUAUUGGUUUGAUCAUCUGGGGUGUUUUCUUAUUCCAAGCUAAGCCAGGACACUGGAACAUCAGACCAUUAAUUGGUGCUGCUAUUGCCGCUGCUGGUAACAACAUUGUUGCCACCGUUAUUACUACAUUUGCUAUCGACUGUAACCCAAGCAAGGCUGCUGACGUUGGUUUAUACAUCAACUUUGUCAGAUCUCUCUACGGGUUCCUUGGUCCAUUCUACUUCCCAUACAUGUUUGCCAACUUAAACUUUGCUGGUUCUGCUGGUUUAAUGUGUGGUCUUGUGCUCUUAUUUGCUUGGGUUCCAAGUAUUAUUGCUCACGUGGUUGGAUUAAGACGUGCUAAGUAAUUUUUUGUAAUUAUUUAUUUUUUAAUGAAGUAAUAAACUGGGCUCUGGUUAGCCCUUGACAUAAAA